AUGGCCGCUGGGAGACGCAGCGCCGGCCUGCGGCUCUGCGCCACAGUUUUCUUACUCGAUAUGGCUUUCUGCAAAGGAUUUGUAGAAGAUUUAGAUGAAUCGUUUAAAGACAAUCGGAAAGAUGACAUUUGGCUUGUAGAUUUUUAUGCACCAUGGUGUGGCCAUUGUAAAAAACUGGAACCGAUUUGGAAUGAAGUUGGUCUUGAGAUGAAAAAUAUUGGUUCUCCAGUUAAAGUUGGAAAGAUGGAUGCUACCUCCUAUUCCAGCAUUGCUUCAGAGUUUGGAGUUCGAGGUUAUCCAACAAUUAAGCUAUUAAAGGGAGACUUGGCAUAUAAUUAUAGAGGACCACGAACUAAAGAUGAUAUUAUUGAGUUUGCUCACAGAGUGUCUGGGGCUCUAAUUCGGCCACUUCCAAGUCAGCAAAUGUUUGAACAUGUGCAAAAGAGACAUCGUGUAUUUUUUGUUUACAUAGGCGGAGAGUCACCUUUGAAGGAGAAAUACAUAGAUGCUGCUUCAGAAUUAAUUGUGUAUACAUACUUCUUUUCUGCCUCAGAAGAAGUGGUUCCUGAGUAUGUGACAUUGAAGGAGAGGCCCGCUGUGCUUGUUUUCAAAGAUGAAACUUACUUUGUUUACGAUGAGUACGAGGAUGGUGAUCUGUCAUCUUGGAUCAACAGGGAGAGGUUUCAGAACUACCUUACUAUGGAUGGCUUCCUCUUGUAUGAACUUGGAGAUACUGGAAAGCUUGUGGCUAUUGCAGUUAUUGAUGAGAAAAAUACAUCAAUUGAACAUACCAGAUUAAAGUCAGUUAUUCAGGAAGUUGCUAGAGAUUACAGAGACCAAUUCCACAGGGAUUUUCAGUUUGGCCAUAUGGAUGGAAACGACUAUAUAAAUACCUUGCUGAUGGAUGAAUUGAGAGUCCCAACUGUGGUUGUCCUGAAUACUUCAAACCAACAAUACUUUUUACUAGACAGACAGAUCAGAAACGCUGAGGAUAUGGUGCAGUUCAUUAAUAACAUCUUGGACGGCACAGUCGAGGCCCAAGGAGGUGACAGCAUUUUGCAGAGACUGAAAAGAAUAGUAUUUGAUGCCAAAUCUACCAUUGUGUCGAUCUUCAAGAGCUCUCCGCUUAUGGGCUGCUUUCUCUUUGGCCUUCCCCUGGGUGUCAUCAGUAUCAUGUGCUACGGCAUCUACACAGCGGACACCGACGGAGGCUACAUCGAAGAGCGAUAUGAAGUGUCCAGAAGUGAAAGUGAAAGCCAAGAAGCAACAGAAGCAAGCAAAGAACAGGAGCCAAGGAGCGGAGACGCCUUAGUGCCUACAGUGCAAGGACCCAAAGAUGUAUUAGAGAAGAAGAAAGAUUGAGACUUUGCUAGUAUAGAAUAUUUGAUAGGAUUUCAAAUUAUUAAAGAGCCUAUUUAUUGAAUUUAGACAUUUAACCAUGAUCUUUACAAAAGAGAAUAUGUUAUUUGUAUUUUGCUAAUAUCAACUUGCAUGGGUUAAAGUAGUCCUUCAUAAGCAGGGAAAUGUUUGGAGCAAGGAGAUGAUAUGUUCGUCCUGAAAAAAAAUCCAGACACCCCAUCAGAAUUCACCUUAUAGACGUUAUAGCAGAUCAGUUCUUUUGCAUGUUUCUCUAUCUGAAUAUUCUGUGACACAAUUAAGAUUCUCGGGCAGAAUAUUUAAAUUGGUCAGUCAGGUAGAAGAUACAUGUUUGAUAAAGAAAAGCAAUACCUUCACCCCCCACCAUUCAUUCUCCUCGUGUUUUAGAUAAGAUUUACAUGGGUAAAAUUAAAUCUUUAAAAUUUAGGCACUUUAAGGAGAACAAACAACUUUUUCCAUGGAUGAAAUUAAGAUUAUGACUUAAAAAUAAUUUGGUUUUAUAUAGCAUAGCAAUUUUAUUUUUAGUUACUACUUUAACGGAGAGGAAAUGUUCCUUUUUAACUUUAUACUCAGUUACAUUAUGAAAACUUCAUAUAGAUCUGUACAGUGGGAAAAAAUAGUCUUAUGUCUAAUCUUUGCAAAAUAAAUGAAUUUGAUUGGAACACUGAUUUUAAACCAUACCCUGGGACGUGCUUAGCAGGUGUUUCAGUGGUUGCUGUAGGAAGGGGAGGGUCUCUGUUUUAUAUUGGAGUUUCUUGUAAAAAUUCUCUCUGAGAAAAAGCUCCUACUACUUUUUAAAAAGUAAUAUAUAUCAGACUUUUUGUUUAUGGUGACUUUGUGGUAAUUUAUGAUAUGUGUGUAUCUGUGUGUAUAUACACAUGCACACGCACAAUAUAUUUACGUAUACAUAGAUAAAAUUUAUUGACAUAUGUCUAUUAUGUAAUAUUAUGGGCAUCUGUAUGUUCAUAAUGAGUAAUGAGUGACAUAAUCAGCCUGUCAACAAAUUUAUGAUAACCCAGUGACUUAAGACAUCUGCCAGUUACCUUCUCUGUUCUGUCAGUUCUGACUCCACUUCAGCCAGUGACCUCUCUUCUCUCUAAGGAUUUAACACAGGAAUCAGGAAUUCUAUCCUGAGUAAUGGAUAAAAAUUGGCAUUGUUUUAAGCAACAUUAUGGUGUGUUUAUUACAGAUUAUUUUUUAAGCCCUUCAUUUGAGCUAAGUUUAGGAUUUUUACUAGAUGACCGUUGUUUGGGUGAUGAUUGGAAUGGUUUUUAUUAAAGACUGAAAUGGUUAAUCACUUUAAAAAAAUAUGCAACUCAUGGUCCUGUUCCAGAAGGUGCUUGGACUUCAGUCCUCAAGGCAGCUGCUAGUUGUCUCUGAUGCCAUGCGGAUCACAGCUGAACUGAAACUGGUAUCUGAGUACUGAGAAGUUACUAGCAAUUGUUUUGUUGUAUCCAUGUGCUCUUGUAGCAUAUCAUAAUCAAAUGCCAUUAAUUUAACAAGUAGAUUCCUCUCUAGAGAGUAAUGAGGGGUUCUUUUGGAGGAUAAAUACUAAUGUUCCCAGUGGUCAGGCUUGUUUUGCAGCAGUGAAAAAAGCUUCGGUGAGUACAGUGCCUCACUGGAGUCUAAUCCAGUAAGGAAGGUAAAGCCAGUCUCCACCAGGGACAGUAGAAAAUUAUAGAAAAUGUCACGGUUUUCUUUUUCAUGUUUAUCAUUAUCAGAUGUCCAUUGUCUGCACAUCUUUGACCUUUGUCUGGCAUCACUUACAGAUGAAAGACAUCAGUAGAGGAAGAAAAAAAAGUGAAAGCUCAGCAUGUCUCAAACGGAAG